AUGAUACCCAGCCAAGUCACUAUUUUCUUCAUGACCAUCUAUCUGCUCGAGUCCUUGACAAUAAUUGUGCAGAGCAGCUUAAUUGUUGCGGUGCUGAGCAGAGAGUGGGUGCAGGUCAAAAGGCUGUCACCUGUGGACAUGAUUCUCAUCAGCCUGGGCGUCUGCCGCUUCUUUCUACAGUGGUCAUCAGUGCUGCACAACUUUUCCUCCUAUAUCAACCCUGACGAUGAACUUUGGUACAUAGGAAUCAUCUGGGAAUUUACUAAUACUCUUGCAUUCUGGUUAACCAGCUUGCUAGCUGUCGUCUACUGUGUCAAAGUCUCUUCCUUCACCUACGCCAUCUUCCUCUGGCUGAGGUGGAGAAUUUUGAGGUUGGUUCCCUGGCUGUUGCUGGGCUCUGUGAUGGUAUCCUGUGUGACAAUCAUUGUUUCAGCUCUUAGAGUUGUCUUCUUCAAGAGUCAGUUAAUCUCCAUGAUGCAAUUACCUGGAAAAAACACAGAGAAUGAGACACUUAGGACAUUCAUGGAGAAAAAUUACAUACAUCAACUUCUGGCAACAUCGUUCAUUCCUUUUCUCCUGUUCCUGAUCUCCACCAUCUUGCUCAUAGCCUCAUUGUGCCAACACUUGAGGCAGAAAAGACAUCACGGCACUGGCCACAGCAACUCCAGCAUGAAAGCUCAUGCCACUGCCCUGAGGUUUCUUGCCUUCUUCCUCAUCUUCUUCACCUCUUACUUUUUUACCAUAAUCAUCUCUACUACAUAUAUCCUAACGCAUGAGAAUUCCUGGUUCUGGGCCUGCGAAACUAUCAUCUAUGCUACAGUCUCUAUUCAUUUAACUUCACUAAUGCUGAGUAGUCCUGUGCUGAAAAAGGUUUUAAAGGUAAGCUGCUGUGGCCCAAAGCUGCCUGAGGCUCUGGGUACAACAAUACCCUAA